CAUGCAAAGUUGCAGUCACUUGUAGAUCGAACGCACUUUUCGCUGAAGGGACAUCUCGCCAACAAACAGCAUCAACAUGAACUCCUUGAUCGUAUUCUGCGUGUUGUUUCUGGCCGCUUUGACCAUCGCGCGUCCUGACGGAGCCACAUACACGGACAAGUAUGACAACAUAGACCUGGAUGAGGUACUCUCCAACCGUCGGCUGCUGGUACCUUAUGUCCACUGCUUGCUCGAACAGGGCAAGUGUGCUCCCGACGCCAAGGAACUCAAGGAACACAUCAGGGAAGCUCUCGAGAACGCUUGCGGCAAAUGUACUAACGCCCAGCAGAGUGGAACCCGACGCGUCAUCGGUCACCUGAUUAACAAGGAGCCAGAGUUCUGGAAGCAGCUGAAUGCUAAAUACGACCCCAACAACAAGUACACGAAGAAGUACGAGAAGGAACUCAAAGAAGUUCAAGAAGAACACCAUUAUGACGUCUCUCAAACAAACAGCAUCAACAUGAACUCUGCUAUCGUGCUAUGUUUGGUGGCGCUGGCCGGCAUGGUGCUCGCGCGUCCUGAUGACACCUACACCACUAAGUACGACAACGUAGACCUGGACGAGAUCCUCGGCAACGACCGACUGUUGGUACCUUACAUCAAGUGCACGCUCGACGAGGGCAAGUGCGCGCCCGAUGCUAAGGAGCUCAAGGAACACAUUAGGGAAGCCCUGGAAAACGGUUGCGCCAAGUGCACUGACAAGCAGAAGGAGGGAACUCGCCGCGUCAUCGCUCACCUGAUCAAGCACAAGCUUGAGGAGUGGGAGAAGCUGAAGGCCAAGUACGACCCCGAGGGCAAGUACACACACAAGUACGAGAAGGAGCUCGAAGAAGUGAAAAACGCCUAGUUCUACUGUGAUAUGAUGUGAUAUUGUUAAUAAAAAUGGAAAUAUUUAGAGAAAGGUUGAAGUUUUCAAUUUUAAUCUUCUAUAACAUAGAAUAGGUACCCCGAGUGGAAGCAUGCAAAGACAGCAAGAUUUCGUGACGUGUAUCAUGAUGUUAUUUUUUUCUCAAUGACCUAAAAUAAUGUGUUGUUUAUAAAGUAGAGUAUAAAUAAUGUAGAGCACUAUAUUAAAAUUUAACCUGAGAUAUUGAA